AUGAGCAGCAGUGCGCCGCGCACUAGCCAGCUGUCUGGAUCAACCUAUGCUGGAUCUUCAACGUCGCUCACCACCCUCAACAGCGACAUGACUGUCGUCGCCAAUGGCCCGGUUGUGGCCACGAGCAACAUCAUCAACCAGAAGGCCGACGCCUCGCGAUCCCUCUACCAGAUAUGCAUCUCUCUCAAGCAGCGCCUGGCCCAGGUGCCGGGCUUCGAGCCCUUCCUCGAGAACCUCGACCCGACCGAUCCAGUUGACCCCCUCUGGAACCUCUUCCGCUCCGGCUAUCCUCUCCUGCUCAUCUACAACUCGCUCCAGCCGGCCGAGCCGCUGAGCGUCGACGAUGCCAAUGCCUCCGACUCCAAAAAGUCCAAGAUUGCCAUUUUCAAGUUUGUCCAGGCCUGCAUGAAGGAGCUCCAGGUGCCGCCCUCCGACAGCUUCGUGAUUACGGAUCUGAUGGGCAACGACACGAGCGGUUUCGUCAAGGUUACUCAAGUCGUUAACUACGUCCUGGACCUCGCGGAACAGCGCGGGCAUCUCCUUCAGCUGCAGCCGUAUCCCGAUGGCGGGCCCGUCGAGGCCGGCGACGGCCCAAAGAUGACCUAUCGAGACCACGUCGUCAAGGAGCUUGUCGACACCGAACGCAAAUAUGUUCAGGACUUGGAGAACCUGCACGACCUGAAAAAGGCCCUGGAGCAGAAGGGCGUGAUUCCCGGCGACGUCGUCCACCAGAUCUUCCUCAACAUCAAUUCCAUCCUGGACUUUCAGCGCCGCUUCCUGAUCCGAGUCGAGACCACCAACUCUAUGCCUGCCGCCACCCAGCGAUGGGGCCAGCCGUUUGUCACGCACGAGGAGUUCUUCAGCAUUUACCAGCCCUUCAUUGCCAACCAGCGAAAAGCGGCGCAGGUCGCCAAAGAAGUUUUUGACCAGAUCCAGCAGUCCGACCACCCUGUCGCCGCUGACUUCAACACACUGGACGGUUUCCUGCUGAAGCCCAUGCAGCGACUGGUCAAGUAUCCGCUGCUGCUCAAGGAUCUUGCCAAGAAGACGGAAGAGCAGGAGACAAAGGAGGAUCUUCUCGCCGGCUGCGAGGCUGCCGAGCGCGUUCUUCAGAAAGCAAACGAGGCCGUUAACCGCGACCUUCUCGAUGAUGCGCUGGAAGAACUCAUUGUCCGAGUCGACGACUGGAAAUCGCACAAGAUCGAAUCGUUUGGAAAGCUGCUAUUGCACGGUAUUUACGGCGUCAUCACUGGCAAGAGUGAGCAAGAGAAGGACUAUGAGAUCUACCUCUUCGAAUGCAUCUUGCUGUGCUGCAAGGAAAUAUCGCCAAACAAGAGCAAGGACAAGAAGGACAAGGCCCGACAGCAAGGCCCAAAGACGAAGAAUAAGAAUGCUAAGUUGCAACUCAAGGGCAGAAUCUUCAUGACCAACGUCACCGACGUCGUGUCAUUGUCAAAGCCUGGCUCCCAUAGCGUUCAGAUCUGGUGGAAGGGCGACCCGGGGGUUGAGAAUUUCACCAUCAAGUUCCUCACUGAGGAGAUGAUGAAGAAGUGGGCCAACGGCCUGGAGACGCAGCGUAAGGAGAAUGCGCCCCGGCUGGCCUCAAGCCCAGCAGACGACCCAACCGACUUUGCUUGGACGCGAGACAAUGCCGGCGGGCUUGAGAACCCUUAUCUGCAGCAGGAAGACGAUGAUGAUGACGACAUUGGACCCGCGACCGCUCCCGCCCAGUUCCCGAUGCCGGCGUCUUCGUUCGGAGGAGCGAUCCCCCGUACUGCUUCGAGCACCAACCUGAGAGAGUUGAGGCAGCGCUCGGUAACGGCAGAGACGUCCGCGACUCUGGCCAGCAUCGCGAGGGCCCCUCCGCCGCGAUUCCCGAUGCCGAUGCCACCACCGCCCCCGGUAGCUCCGCUUAGUCUACAGACCGCAAGCAGCAUGUCCAUUCCCUCGCCGGGAAUCCGCGGAGGAGACAGCUACUUCUCCCCCAUUGGUGACUCGCCUGCAUCUUCUCGAACCAGCACGACCAGCGGCAUGUUCCCGCCGACCAGCUACCCGUUCCCCAAGGCAGGGACGCCCCAGCCCGGAUGGGACGAGAACAAUCGCUACACCGCACCGGCGAUGCCCCGUGCCCCGUCUCGGGACGGUACACCCCCCAACGCCUAUCCGAAUGGGCGAAAUCCUCGUGGGCCCUCUCUUCCUCCCAUCAACGCUGCUGCUGCUGCCGCCGCCGCCGCUGCCGCCAACGGAUCGCAAAGGAGCCGCUCGUACAGCACACCCGAUGUGAAUGCCCAGGGCCAGCGUCGCCAGCCCAGCCAGAGCAACAUUCCCGCCGUCCCCGGCAUUCCCGCACAUCUCCACCAUCCCGCCCACGACAGCUCCAUCCCGAGAUCUCAGACCGGCUCCCCUCGAAACGAUGCGCCAGGACGGACGAAUACGCAGAGCCCCGGCGCUCAAGGCAUACGGGUGCACAAGCACUCUCACUCGGGCAGUAUGGGCGGUACCAUGGCCCAAUUCCCUACCCAACCCAUCUAUCCUCGACAGAACACGCCAGGACCCGCGAUUGGCGCCAACGGAACGGCGGGCUCAAGGACCAACCCAACUCAGAGCAGUUCGCUCACGAGCCCCGACGUGGCCAUGCCGACGCAGCUCAAGGUCCGUGUCACUUGCGACACUGGAAACUACGUCACGCUUGUUGUAGCCUUCAACAUUACGUACCAGUCCCUCGUUGAUCGGAUCGAUGCCAAGCUAGCGAGGUUCACGAGCAGCAGCAUUGCGCAGGGCCAGUUGAAGCUACGCUACCAGGACGAGGACGAGGACUUUGUCACCAUCGAGAGCGACGACGACAUUCAGAUUGCUUUUAUGGAGUUCCGAGACGGCAUGAAGAACGCGUUCAACCCUGGCGUAGGAGAGAUAGAGCUCUUCUGCGUCGGCGAAAUGGCGCCUUGA